AUGCUGUCCCGGCUCAGGAGCAGCUUUCCCUUCAGGUCUGCCUACGUGUCUACGUGCAGAUGGGCACACACAAAAGAGAAGGGGAAGCCAUUAAUGCUCAACCCCCGCACCAACAAAGGAAUGGCUUUUUCUUUACAGGAGCGACAGAUAUUGGGUUUACACGGCCUGCUGCCUCCUAAAGUAGAAACACAAGACCUCCAGGCAAUGCGCUUCCAGAAGAAUCUCAAGAAAAUGACAGAUCCCCUUGAAAAGUACAUCUACUUAAUGGGUAUCCAGGAAAGAAACGAGAGGCUCUUCUACAGGGUGCUGAUGGGAGACAUCGAGGAGCUGAUGCCCAUCGUCUACACACCUACCGUCGGCCUGGCCUGUACACAGUAUGGACACAUAUUUAGACGACCCAAGGGCUUGUUUAUCUCCAUUCUGGAUAAAGGACACAUUCGCUCCAUCUUGGACAACUGGCCAGAAACAAAUGUGGCUGCAGUCGUGGUGACUGAUGGAGAGCGUAUUUUAGGCCUCGGCGACCUAGGUGUUUAUGGCAUGGGGAUCCCUGUUGGCAAACUCUGCCUGUACACGGCUUGCGCUGGCAUCAGGCCUGAGAAGUGCCUCCCUGUCGUAAUUGACGUCGGCACAGACAACGAGACUCUACUCAAAGAUCCGCUCUAUAUGGGCCUUUACCAGAGGAGGGAUCGCUCGCAGGCUUAUGAUGAUCUCAUUGACGAAUUCAUGGAGGCCGUGGUGGACAAAUAUGGGCAGGACACACUUAUCCAGUUUGAGGAUUUUGGGAACCACAACGCUUUCCGUUUUCUCAGGAAGUACAGGGAGAAGUACUGCACCUUUAACGACGAUAUUCAAGGCACAGCAGCUGUGGCCCUUGCUGGUCUGCUCGCGGCUCAGAGGGCCACUGGAAAGCCCAUCACGGAACACCAAGUGCUUUUCCUCGGAGCCGGAGAGGCUGCUCUGGGCAUUGCAAACCUGAUUGUCAUGGCCAUGAUGGAGUCGGGCAUGUCGCAGGCGGACGCUAGGAAAAAAAUCUGGAUGUUUGACAAAGAUGGCUUACUCGUUAAGGGAAGGUUGCAGGCAACGGACGCUAACCAGGAAGUGUUCGUUCACGACAGUCCUGGUGACGUUCACAGCUUUCUGGAUGCUGUCAAUACUAUUAAACCAACAGCUAUUAUUGGUGUGGCGGGAGCUGGUCGACUAUUCACCCAUGAUGUCAUCAAGGCCAUGGGCGCUAUAAAUGAGCGCCCCAUUAUCUUCGCCCUUAGCAACCCUACUACCAAAGCAGAGUGUACCGCUGAGGAUGCCUACACAUUUACAGAUGGUAGAUGUCUCUUUGCCAGUGGUAGUCCUUUUGAUCCUGUGACUCUGAGUGAUGGACGAGUUUUCACUCCCGGUCAAGGCAACAAUGCUUACAUCUUUCCAGGUGUGGCUCUGGCUGUCAUCCUGAGCGGGGUGCGUCACAUCAGUGAUACAGUGUUCUUGGAGGCUGCCAAGACGCUGGCAGAGCAGCUGACUGAUAAAGAACUGGAAGAAGGUCGACUAUACCCACCUUUAUCCAACAUCAGAGAAGUUUCUCUCCAGAUGGCUGUCAAGGUGGUGGAGUACGUGUAUGCCAAAGGCAUGGCCUUUCGCUACCCGGAGCCGGUGGACAAGAAUGCUUUUGUGCAUGCAACAGUGUGGAACACAAACUACGACUCCUUCUUGCCGGACACCUAUGACUGGCCUGGGGUCAACUUCAGCCCCAAGCCUAGUAACUAG